CAGCCCGGAGAAGUUAAGAGGAGAGACUAGGGAGUUUAGCGGUGUUCUCUUAUCUUACACAUCAGGGUAAGAGGAUACAAAACUAUGGAGGUUAUCAGAGAUAGAAGCAGAUUUGAUUUAUAGAAGAAUUUUACUCGCAGAGGUUUAGGACAUCGCAGUUUUGGAAUAAUCGUUUUCUAACGUUUUUUCUUUUUUUUAACGUUACUUUGCAUCAUCCACUGUCGAAAAUGUCUGGUUCUGGGGUCUGGAUUAACGCAAUUUGGAUUUUACUCUUUGCCCUUUUUGACGUGGCUUUCUCAAGCUACUCUGAAGACCAGUGCAGCUGGAGAGGCAGUGGUUUGUCCCAGCAGCAGGGCAGCGUUGAGCAGAUCUCCCUCCACUGCUCUGAGGGCACACUGGACUGGCUGUAUCCCAAAGGGGCCCUGCGACUUACCCUCUCACCCCGCCUGCCCUCUGUGGCAGUGGGGCCCGGCGGCAGCAGCUCAGGCCUCAUCACGGCCUGCGUCAAGCCCUCGGAGCAGUUCCACGGAGCCCAGCUGUACCUGGAGAGAGACGGGGUCCUGGAGCUCCUGGUAGGGGACCGCCUGGAGUCCUCUCCCCCGCCGAGGGUUCGCUGCUUCAGCCGGCUACCUGGGGAGAGGGUGGCUCUCUUCCUGCAAGCUACACCUCAUCAGGACAUUAGCAGGAGGAUCGCCUCCUUCCGCUAUGAGCUGAGAGGGGACUGGACCGCUCGCCUGUCGCUGGACUCCAACCCCAUCAGCAGUGAAGAUGCCUGCAGACCCUGCAACAACACUGAGAUUCUAAUGGCCGUUUGCACCAGUGACUUUGUCGUGCGAGGUAACAUCCGGUCAGUGGUGGAAGAUGACAACCUGCGAGCAGCGGUGAUCAAGGUCAGUGCCACCCGGGUGUUCCGUCAGAAGUAUGCCCUGUUCACCGGCAACAGUCGACUGACCAGCCGAGGUGAGGUCAGGACUCUGCUGCAGUGUGGCGUCAAACCGGGGCCCGGCAGCUUUCUUUUCACCGGUCGGGUCCACUUUGGGGAGGCCUGGCUGGGCUGUGCUCCUCGCUACAAGGACUUCCAGCGGGCUUACACAAUAGCCAAAGCAGCCCAGCAGAUACCCUGUGAACUGCCUGUAGACUGAGUUAAACACUCAGCAGCAGCUUGUCUACCACUCAGAGUCGAGGCCGUACUGAAAGCCAACCAAACUCAGCCCUGUUCCAUGUUUCGGAAGAAGCCACAGCGAACAACUGUUGGCCAAUGUAGCCGAUCCACCAACGGAUAUCGUCUUCCCAAAGGACUGAGGAGUGAAAUGGACUUUUCCCAACUCCAUUUCAGUGCAAUAUGCAGUCACCGGGUCAGAAAGGACCAGGUGGAAUUGUGUUAUGAGGGACGUGGUUGAAAUGAAGAUUAUAAGCAUUUGGCAUUGGACAUUUUUUUACACACAGUGAUGCCAUUAUGCAGGUUCAGAGAAAAUCAAUUCAAGCUUUCCAUUCGGGAUAAAUUAAGUCAAGCCAUUAAUUCAGGCGUAUUGAGAGUCAUUGCUUAGAAACUCAGGAAAAUUGAUGAAAAGUUCUAUAGAAAGCUUACUGUCUAUUAGUUGGUAUCCAAGCGAGGAUGUACCUCUAGGCACCUUUUGUUCAGAAAAUGUCUGGCCAUGGGAAAGUGAUGUUUUGCUGGCUACCCCUGUACUGGGGUCAUCCUCAGUGUUACUAUUAUUAAGGAGAUUAUUAAAAAAAAGUCCUCACAAAACAAAAUGUUAGAAAAUAUAUAGAUAUAUAUUUGCACUGAUAAAGGAAAGGGAAUGAUCUGGAAAGUGUGAUGCUGCAAGCACUGAAAACCAAAUAAAAAGCAACUAUAUGUAGCAUAGUGGAGCGAUUUGAGAAUUUUAAUAUAUGUACAGAUAAUGUGAGCACAUACAGUAGUAACACAAAGCUAAGGCUACCAGAGCAGGCUUCACAGCUCAAACUAGUGCUGAAAGCACUUUCACACUCUAGCCAACAGAGAGAUUUAGCUUCUGGCAUUGCAGGCAUUAUAAGACAAAUGUGUUAUUUCAGUAGUCGUACAAUAUUUCUGCAAAAUGUAACAAAUUGGACUGUAUUUGACCUUAAAGAAAACUACUUUAAAAAGAUGUCAGGGUGGAAUUGUAGCAGUGUUGCCAAAGCAGUUAUAAGUUUUGUUGUUGUCAAGUCACCCACUGCUCUCUGCUGAAGGUGUCAUAUAUUAUCACAUAUAAGGAGAAACUAAAACCAAGAAGCUAUUUUAUGAUGUGUUAAACAAGAUAUUCACCUGUACAUAGAGAAAUAUUCCUAAAAUGAAGACAACAGCCAUUCAGAAGUGAAGUCCAGUGUUAUUAUAUGAUAUAAAAUCCUCUAACCAGCUUUUGGUGGAAAAAAAAACAAGCUAUUACAAGGCUAGCUCAACGGAAACACAUAAUAUGCAUUUAAUGUAUCAAAUUCUGUUCUGUACAGUGAUUUCAUAUCUGAUGUGCACUAUAUCACAUGCACCCCAUCAACAAGGGGGAGGGUUUCAUACCAAAUUACCAUGAUGUACUGAAGCGGUAUGUCUUAACUGAGUACACUGCCAUUGUGCUGUUUGUUAUUCUUUAUGUAAAUUCAUGUCAAUAUCAAUGUGAAUGUAAAUAUGUUAAUAAGAAAUUCUAGAAACAACAGCAUGAAAAAAGUCUGUGGAAAAAACAACAUUGUGUCAGUAUUGUGAAUUAUUUUUAUGUUUGUCUGUGUUAUUAAAAUAUACUGCAA